ACUUGUGGACACAAUCGUCGUCUGUUUCGACACGGACGCUGAGCGGUGAAGAAUCCUGCUCUUUUCAUGGAAGUUUUCCCCCUCAGGCCACCAAGAUCCAUUUCACUGCUGACCAGUGCUUGGAGACCCCGACGCCUUGAACAAGAUGUCCACUUUGACUCCGCAGGAGCAGACUGAGGUGAGACCGACUCGCCGUGGGGUCAAGAUGCACAGUCCGAUACGCAAAGAGGACCUGCUGAAGACGCGGCAGAACCUCAAGCGCACAUCCGCCAGCUCAACGGGGGAGCUGCUGCCCCAGCUUGGAGAUCUGGAUGAGGACGACUUGGACGACAGCGAGCUUGAUCCCAUCGGGGAGGAGGCAUUGAGAAAUAUAAAACCGAUAGAGGCGGAGGAGGAAGAUGAAGAAGAAAAGGAGGAGAUGGAUGGCAUGGCAGUACUGGAGAAGAGCAAUACCAAUGCAGCCAAGAUGGAGGAGGAAGAGGAGGAGGAGCAGCAGCAACACCAACAGGUAACGGAGCAGAUGUCAGUAAGGUGUCCUUCAGAUAGAGCCGAGCCGGAGGAGCAACUGAUCGAGGAGCUGGACACCCCGAUGCCAGCUGAGGAACACAUCUCGGGUAUCGCUGAGAUAGACGAGCAGCUCACCGAGCCAACAGAUGGCACCAUCGCCUCGGGUGUAUGCAGUUCACGUGUCGCUAAGAUAGAAGAGCAACUCCUGCAGCACAGCAAGGCCAACUCAGGGCUUUACAAGGUUAAAGAGGUCGGGGUCUUUGUUCUUCCUCACCUGAGUGACGACUUCUUCCCACCUCCACCACCUUUAUUUCAAGCUCCACGGCCGAUCCUGAACAUCGAAGAGUUCCCACUGCAGCCGUGUCUGACCGUGUGCCCCUCCUGUGAGCAGUCCAUCGUCACCGAGACCAAGUCUGAGGUGGGCAGCGUCACCAAGAUAUUGUGUCUGGCGAUCACCAUGUUCGGGCUUUACAUUCGACGUCGUACACCUUAAAAAAACUUCACGGUAAAUGUCAUUCCGUAUCAAAACCUUGUCUCAAUCUUUAAUCAACGUGCCCUGAAUUGAGGAUUCUUCUACUUUUACUUUGACACACUGGAGAACGCCACUUAUAACUUUUGUCCAUGCCCAAAAACUGGUUCCGGCCAAUAGAUUCCAACGCAAUACAAUGCUUGCUGCUGCAACUUAUUAACAGUCAUUGCAAAGGCUGGCUUUACAGGAAACUGUCGCUGUUUCAAUCUGAAAGGCACUCCAGUUUGAGAUGGACAUAAAUCAAUUUGAGGAAUCAACACUGUAUCGCCUUCAGCUGAUCGAGUAAGAACUUCCGCUUGAAUUACAUGUUUGAGCCAGACAAACAGACAUUUAUAUAUAAGAUAGAUUUUUUGUUGUAUGACAGAAGGUUGCGUUCCCUGCAAACAACAGUAACUAACCAUUAUGCCAAAUAUGCAGCAGUUGAAGAAGAGUGAUGCCGUGUAUGGCACCUCAACCCCCUCUUAUUGCUCUGAAGUGAUAGUUUGGAUGCGGUGGACGGUGUGUUGGAGCAGGGAGGUGGCUAUGAUGAGUGUGGUGGUGCGUAGUGCGGCACUCCAUCUUCACUGAUAACUCUCCAGACUACUCACAGAUUUGUAAGACAGCACCAAUGCUUGUGCUCAACCAAUCAGUGCAAUUCAUGGCCCGUGCCCCACCCAUGAUAGUUCCUGGUUGGAUGACAGGCACACAGGAGAAGGAGCAAAACAAAAGUACCAGGAAUGACAAAUGGCUUGAGAUCCUGUGUCUGAACAGCUCAAGAGACCACCAGAACCAUGGACAAAUGAUCCAGUCGUCAACAAAUUUUGUGAACUGUUGGCACGCAUGACACUAAGUGAGUGACUCAAAUGAAAGGGAAAGCAAGUCUCGCUGAAAAGUUCAAAGGACGAGGAGCAGGAAUGGUUUUCCCCUCGACUGGUUGUAAAGCAUUGCUAAGACUUUUCCGAGUUCAUCAAAGACACUGCUGAUGUUGCGGACCCACAAGUGUGGAACAGUGGUCUGCCAUUCACUUCAGAGGAUGUAAAAACGACCAAAUGUAGUCACCCUGUAACAUCGGUCAUUUUCAUAAGAUUUUUGGGUGUUUGUUAAAAAUAUGAUAAAGAAUAAAACCAGCCUUGUGAAGAACUGGAAUCUCUUAGGGCUUUUUUUUUUAAUGGGAUACCCUAGCAUGACCACACGUGAUUGGCUACAGACACAAUACGGACCAAAAUACACUCAAAGAAAAUUACAAAGCCGUAAACAAGAUGAUAUAUGAACGUAUUUAAAGGAAACAACAGAAGUAUCUGCCAGUCAAAUUAGUGUCUCAUUGAAACACACAGAGCAAGCAGUAAGUGUGCCAUCCACAAAAGGCACCAAAGAUGCAACACAGGUCAUGGAAACGAACAAAAAAAGAUAUAUACUCACUUUGAUUAAGUGAAGCAUUCUGCAUUAAUAAAAAAUCUUUUAUUCUUCCUUAAAUUUGAAUUUUUGAAAUACUGCCCAAGAAUUUGGAAAAUUCAGAAAUCCAGCACUGACAAAAUCGUCAAGCAGUCUGGAUUUUCGGACUUUGAAUGUAUGGGGGAUGCAUAUCAGUAGAG